GCUGACAGAUCUUAUGCAGAAGUGUCAAUUUUUUGAUUUAUUUUGGUUGUGCCUCAUUCAAUUGCUUUGAAUUUUAUCGGUUUAUUUGAUGCCGCCGCAACUGUUGAUAUUUCUCGAAAAAUGAUUCGUUCACUCGUUCGGUGCGCAGGACUUCAACGGUAUCUCUUAGCUCCAGUUCAUUUUCGGAUUCUUUCAAAUCAAAUUGUUCUAUCUUCGGCUAAUCGGUAUCAAAUCAACGACAACGGUCAACUUAACCCACAGUUAGUGAAUACAGGGAAUACAGACGAUUCGAAUUCUGCAACGCCUAAUAUUGAACGUGAGCGAAUAACUACCACCAUCAUAGAUGUUCUGCAGGAUAAAUUAAACUGUUCAAGAGAAUGGGCCCAGCAGUUUGGCAGUAUGCAUUCCGAAUUGCUCAGCAAAGCAACAGAUGUUCUGAAGAGUAUCGAAUUACUAUUGGCUAAUGGUGUGCGCGAGAAUGUUAUAUUAGACAAUCCCAGGAUGAUAACGCUAAGUCACAGUGAGCUCAGUACAAAUCUCAGCAUAGUGAAAGAAAUGAAACCAAUAGACAUCAAUGACUUUGCACCCCUAGUUCAAGUGUCCAAAUCAAAAUUGUUAAAAUUGAAGAAACUUGCCGAAAGAGAAGAGACAAUUGUGCCAAAGAAACAUCGAAUUUAUUACAUCAGUGAUGCGAUGAAUAUCGAACCGUGUAUCGUCACAAAAUUCAUAGCCGAACGAUUGUUUGUACUGACUGAGCCUUUCGCAAUGAUCGAUCAAAAUCUGCAAGUCCUGUUGAAAUACAUCGCACCAAUCGACCUGCUGCACGAUCUGUGGGCAUUCAAAUACAGUGCCGAUAUUAUCGAAGAACGACUCAAGCGAGCCAGAGAAGGAAAUAAGGAGAAAUGUAUGCCUUGGAUGAUUCGGUGUACGGAUAAGAAGCUUUCGACAUCAAUCAAAAUCGCUUCUGAUGCAAAGGCGAUAGUAGGCGACAAAACAUUGGUCAAAUAUUUGGCGGAGCGAUUGAAGUACAAUGUUAAAACGACAGAAGCCAUUUUGCGAAAACAUCCGAGUGUUUUCAAUUGCCGUGUGACACGGAUGAAGGAAACGCUGGACUAUUUAUUCGCUGCUGGUUUUGUAUCUGUAGAUAUUGCAGAAACUCCCCGAGUAUUUUGUCAUUCAUUGACGACCAUUAGAAAACGAGUGGAGGAACUGAACACGGUUGGCUGUCGACCGCAACUGUACAUUAUUUGUAGAAGUAGCAAGGAAUAUAACAAAUUUUUUGACAAUUGGAUGCGUGUGCGAGACAAAUGCAAGCAGAAAAAUGUUAUCGAUGAAUAAAAGUUACCGCGGAUCGUAAGCCAAUUUGAA